CCAGGAAUGAAGCAGCAGGUCUUGGUUUUCUACACUAAGCUUCUGGGAAGAAUCCGGCAGCCACUGCUUCCACACAUCAAUGUCCAUAGGCCAGUGCAGAAAUUAAUUCGGCUUUGUGGUGAAGUUCUUGCAACGCCGACGGAAAAUGAAGAAAUUCAGUUCCUUUGUAUUGUGUGUGCAAAGCUGAAGCAAGAUCCCUACUUGGUUAACUUUUUUCUUGAGAAUAAGCUGAAGUCUUUGGCUUCCAAGGGAACACCAGACGUAACCUCAGAAGACUCGUUGAGAAGUCAGGAGGCCUUGUCGACAGACACAGGACAGCCCGGUCGGCCAGAGGAGCCAUCCGGUGCGGCAGGAGUGGAGUCAACAGAGCCAGAGGACGGGCCUGCGCAUCCCAUGGACGAGCUGUCCACCAGCCUGGAUCAUCUCUGCGUUGCAUCUCUGUCCGAGGCCUCCAUGGUCCGUCUGAACCAGGACUACAACCUAGUGAAUUCUCUACUGAACCUCACCCGAAGCCCGGUGGUCACCUAG